AGUGCCACACUUAGAACUAGCCCAACUACAUAAACCCUCCCUCUCCUCCCUCUCCUCCCCCAUUUGGUACCACCACAACUCUCUAUCACUCACAACAUUUUCACACAAACACUUUCUGAAAAAAGAAUUCGUUUCUUUUCCCUAACAUGGCCAGAUCACAACAGCGAUACCGAGGUGUCCGACAAAGGCAUUGGGGCUCUUGGGUCUCCGAAAUUCGACACCCCAUAUUGAAAACUAGGAUAUGGCUAGGAACUUUUGAAACUGCUGAGGAUGCAGCUAGAGCCUAUGAUGAAGCAGCAAGGCUAAUGUGUGGCACAAGAGCAAGAACUAACUUCCCUUACAACCCCAAUGCGUCUCAGUCAUCAUCUUCCAAGCUUCUCUCAGCAACUUUAACUGCAAAACUGCAUAGGUGCUACAUGGCUUCUUUGCAAAUGACAAGGCCAUCAUCACAGGCAGAGCCUCAGAGAGUGGCUUCACCAAAUGUCAUCACCUCCUCCGCGAGCAACUUCUCCAUGAAGAGUAACGAAACUGAGACAUUGUUGUUGCCACAAAAGAGACAAGAAGAGGAGCAAGAAGCAGAAGGGAAUUGGGUUUUCAAGAAGGUUAAGGUGGAAAAUGCUCAGCAGUUCAAGCCUCUUGAAGAGGACCACAUCGAGCAAAUGAUAGAGGAGUUGCUGCAUUACGGGUCUAUUGAGCUAUGCUCUGUGAUUCCACCACAGGCUCUUUGAACUCACAUUGAGCAAGCAUUUUUAUUGUUAGUUCACAUUCUUACUCUGCUAAUUUAAUCAACUAAUUCUCUUGGACAAUUUCAGUCUCUAUUAUUAUUAAGUGCUUUAGGUGCUAGACUAGACUAGACUAGAAUAGUACUAUCUUCUAAGUGACUCAUUGGACAAUGUUGUAUGUACAGCCAGCCAAUCAUGUUGAAAUUGUGCAUUUGUUCUGUUCUCAUUCUUAAUUUGCAUUCCUAGUUGCGGAAUCAGUCUCUGGUCUGAAAUGUAAGAGGGUUUGUCAAAAGGGCACUGCUUUUUAGACAACUGGCUAGAAUAAGAACAACCCUUUUAUUUCAAACA